AUGGCAUCAAUCCCGCAAGAUGCAAUCGAAUUCCCCAUAUCAGACCGGGUCUUCCUAGAGCCUCACCUCCCACCAAAAGACGGCUCAACCCGGUCCCCAGACAAACCCUUCACAACCCUCACCUUCGCCACCUCCCUCGACUCAUCUCUCGCCCUGUCCCCAGGCGCCCGCACCGUGCUCUCAGGCCCGCAGUCCAAAGCAAUGACGCACUAUCUGCGCUCGCGACACGACGGCAUCCUCGUCGGCGUCGGUACAGCCGUUGCUGACAAUCCGGGCCUGAACUGCCGCAUCGUCGGGGUUGGAGGCUACGGCGGCAGCGGGGAUCUAGAGGGCCAGCCUCGACCUGUUGUCAUCGACCCAGCUGCGCGCUGGGAUUACAGCGAAGAGAGUAAGCUCUUCCAACUGUGUCGACAAGGGCGCGGCCGCGCGCCGUGGAUUAUCACGGCACGCCGGGAUCUACCGGUGGAGAAGCAGGCGCUGUUACAGAAAUACGGUGGGCGGUUCAUAUCGCUGGACAUGAGUGUUGAAGAGGUCUCAGAGGGAGGGAAAGAAGCCGGUCAUCACCGGAUCAAUUGGAAUGAUCUCCUUGUCGUGCUUAGGUCGAAUGGUCUUCGCAGUGUCAUGGUCGAGGGCGGCGGCCAUGUGAUCAACACGCUUCUGGAGCCGUCGUCUAUGCCGCUGAUUGAUAGGGGUGUGGUUGUGUCGCCGGCUAGGCGCUUUGAUGAGAGUGGGCAGCCUGUUUCUGCGGCGAGGUUGGCGAAUGUUAAGUGGUAUCCAUUUGGGGAAGAUGUUGUUCUUUGUGGGAAGGUUAAGGUGUGA